AUGGCUUCUGUCGGUGUGGCCACCGGGCGUCAGGUGGAGGAUGCGUUACCACCACCAGUCGAGCCACCGCUGCCUGAGACGAAGCCACUACCGCCGCCCCAGCUGCCGACGCCGGUGGCUGCGCCUCAGUCCCAGCAGUCGCUGGCGCCGAGGCCGCAGUCCCCCGCGGGCGUAAAGGAGGAGAACUACUCCUUUUUACCUUUGGUUCACAACAUCAUCAAAUGCAUGGACAAGGACAGCCCUGACGUCCACCAGGACCUGAACGCCCUAAAGACCAAGUUCCAGGAGGUGCGGAAAGCUGUCAGCACCAUGCCCGGCAUCCACCUGAGCCCUGAGCAGCAACAGCAGCAACUGCUCAGCCUCCGGGAGCAAGUCCAGACCAAGAACGACCUGCUGCAGAAGUACAAGAGCCUUUGCAUGUUUGAAAUCCCCAAGGAGUAG